CACUUAGCCUUAGACUUAGAGUACUUAGACCUCUAAGUCCAAGUCUAAGAAGACUUUUUACUUCUUACACUUUGACUCAGAGACUUCAGCUUUUUAAUUAACUUGUACUGUAUCUUUAUUAUUGACACCUAAAUUAUAUCUUGACUUUUUAAACAAAGUUGAGAUGGCGCAAAGUGAACCGAAAGUUGUCUUAACUGGACCCCCCAAAGGACAUGGCCAUGCUACACUAGCAGCAAUGCAAUUUGUGUCUGGCGGCUGUGCUGGUAGGUAUCAUAUAAUUUAUAGUAAAGUCAUAAGUAUCAAUAAUUAAUAAUAAUUAUACAUCUAGUAUUCAAUAAAAUAGUAAUUGUCAAUAAUCAAUAAUAACAAUCAAUCGUUUUCAAGUUGUUAUUAUUAUUUUAUAUUUAAUUUCAAUUUAGUUAAUUUUGAAAUAUGUAAAUAUUGUAGUUGUAGUAAUAAAUAGUAAUAAUGUUACAUAAUAUUAAUAAUAUGUAAAAUGAGUAAUAUUAAUAUGUAUUGUAAUUGUAAAACUGGGCCACCUCUUACUUACUAAGUUUCUGUUUUAAUUUUAUUUACCUGGUAUCUGUUUUGAAAUGAGAAAUGGCAAGCAUAUCAAAAAUAAUAUCAUAAAAAUUACUUUUCAGGUACCCGGUAGCCAUAAUUGUUUGUAUGAGUAUGAUUAUAAUUAAUUAUGACAAUUAUGAGUAUGAGGUAUAAGUGUAUGAAUCAUGAUUAGAAUAUAACUAUAUAAUAUAUAUCGUCUGUAGACACUGUAGUACUGUGUGUGGUGGGGGGAGUAGAUUUCAUUGUUUUUUGUUUGUUUUAAUUUUAGUUAUGCCCCACUAAUUAAAAAUUAAUAAUAAUAUGAGUCUCCCUUUGCCUUUAUAUGUGCAUCAAUAGCUGAAGAGUUUGCAUUAUGCUAUACAAACCAUAAAAAUCCAUCUCUUUUUCUAAAUUAAAAAAAACAAAAACUUCUUAGUAAUGAAAAAUGGAAAGACUGUCUUUACUAGAGGUGUAUCAUAUUAUGAUUCUGCAUGGCCUGUGACAGGAAGUGAAAAUAAUGAGAUGUCAAUAAAUUCAAACUUUUUUUUUUGGACAGAAACUGGUCUGCAAAAACAAAAGAUCUGUUUGGUCUUAACAUUCUGCAAAAAAUUAAGGAUAUUUUCUAUUAUAUUACAUAUACAUUUCAUUUAGAUAAAAUAUGAUGUUUUCUGGAAUAUUCAUGUCAUGAAUGAUAUAUUACAAAUGAUUUUGUAGGUUUCAUUGAAGUGUCCAUUAUGCAUCGUCUUGACCUUUUCUAUUAUAUUACAUUUACAUUUCAUUUAGAUAAAAUAUGAUGUUUGCUGGAAUAUUCAUGCCAUGAAUGAUAUUUAACUAAUGAUUUCGUAGGUUUCAUUGAAGUGUCCAUUAUGCAUCCUCUUGACCUUGUGAAGACAAGAUUUCAAAUUCAAAGGGGUCCAGAAGAUCCGAAUCGUUACAGUUCUAUUGUGGAUUGCUUUCGAAAAAUGUAUAGGCAAGAAGGGUGAGCUUAUAUUAAUUUUUAUUAAUAUUGUUUUUGUGUAGUUAAAAAAGUCAAUCAACAAAUAUUACUAAGAUGUUGAAAGAUAUUUUAUGGAGGUUCACGGGCAUCAAAUUGAAUCUGAAUACCUUAAUUUACACCUAUUUUUGGUAGUUGUAGUAGUGUAAUGUAGUAAAUGAAUUUUUAAUUACUUUAUUCUUAAAAACUCUUAAAUUUUGAAACAUUAAACUCCAAAAUUUGCUGCAUAAAUUUUGUUGUAAGGGGAAAAAAGUUUGACAGGGUAAGCACCUAGUUAGUGUAAAAUUUAUAUUCUGUUGUAGGGUUUAUUUUUCACUAAACAAUACUAAAACCAUGCUUUGUUCCAAGGGCUAUGUGCUUUGUUUAGGAAAAUGUUGCAGUGUUUCUUUCAGACAAUUUGUUGGGGGGGGGGGGGAUCAUUUCAGAUCGGCAGUACCAGUGGGCAGGCAGCCUAUCCCCGGGGGAGUGUUAGUUUUUCAUUUUAUGGAGGGCGGCAUUUUAGACCUCUUACUAACAUCCUGUGUGUUUUUAAAGAUGCCAACACUAUCAUUUUGAUUAGGGUAUGCAAGCAGAAAGUGAGGUCAUGGACAGCUACAGAAAGGCAAAUGGGGAGGGUUGAACAUUUUAAAUUCAGUUUGUCAUAUAUCGGUACCUGAAUUCAGUGUUUCUUUCAGGAAAAAUGAUCCAGGGAGGGGACAUUUCAAGUUGACAGGGCAUCGAUCAAUGGGCAAAUUAGAAUUCAGGCACCUUAUGUGAUACAUAAUUUAAAUUCUCAAAUUCUCCCAGGUUAAGACAUAUCAUAGGGUAUUCUUUUGGCCCCAAAUAAAUUAGCGCCCCCCCCCCCUUCCCCCAUAUCUCAUUGAUCAGAAUGGGGGAGGGGGUAAAGCAGCAUUCGAGGGUGUCCAAGGCUCCUGUCCGAGUGUAAGGUGGAAUGGGAAAAUUAGAAUUCAGGCACCUUAUGUGAUACAUAAUUUAAAUUUUCAAAUUCUCCCAGGUUAAGACAUAUCAUAGGGGAUUCUUUUGGCCCCAAAUAAAUUAGCGCCCCCCCCCCCCCUUCCCCCAUAUCUCAUUGAUCAGAAUGGGGGAGGGGGUAAAGCAGCAUUCGAGGGUGUCCAAGGCUCCUGUCCGAGUGUAAGGUGAGGGGCUGGGAGGGGGUCAUUGAGUCUUCAACAGAAAAGUUUUAAAUUAAAAAUGUACGGAUUCAUUUUAGCUCAUACCUAAAUUUAGUUGUUUUUUUCUUUCCUCAUUUAAUGAAAAAGCAACAAAAUUUAGUUUUCUCUCAACCUUGUUGUGUUCAUACAAAUGCUGUAUUUUAAGUUGUCUUUCUAAUGUUUUUUAUUUACUGUAACGAUUUCUUUCUUUAAACGGCUUCAUAGAUAAAUACAAUUAAAAAAAAAAAAUAUACAUAUGAAGAGUCUAUUUUCAUUCGCUUGAAUGAUGAAAUGAUUUGUCUUUUUCUAGUGUUGAGCUUUUUUUUCUUUCUUUUUUGAGAUUUUAUAGUGCAAACAACUCUUUCAUCCAGGCCGUCGUUAUGCACCGUGUUUGUUGUUGUUUCACGGCGUGAUGUUUAGUGCGCAUGCGCAGAAUAGCUUGCCAAUCACACGGAUUGGUCCGAAAAUAUAUACAGCAUUUUGAUAAUUAAAAAGAAAAAUUCACACCGCGUUUUGAAAAUAAAAUCGUUUUUAGACAUAGAAUAAUAUAGUAUUAAAAUGUGUUUUGUAGAUAAACUUUAACAUGUCCUAAAGCAGCGGUUCUCAACCUGUGGGUCGCGACCCUUUCAUGGGGGUAGCCUAAGACCAUUGGAAAACGCACAUUUCUGAUGGUCUUAGAAAACGAUUGAUUUGGUCCGGCUAACAAACCAGAUAUGUCAUAACUUUUCAUUAUGGAAUGGAGACGAAUUUGUUACAAAACUGAGUGCAAUUUCCUUAUCUAACGACACUGUCCACAGAAGAAUAGAGGACAUUUCUGUUGAUAUUCUUGAUUAGGUAAUCCAGGAAAUUUAAUCUACUCCAUUUCCGAAACAAUAGCAAAUGCUUCAAAGCGCCUCAGGGCAACACAGUGCAGUAUAAACAGUCUUUCUUCCCACGCACAAUAAUAGCAUGGAACCACCUGGACAAUGCCACUGAGAACUCGACAUCGGUUGAAAGCUUCAAGGCUGCCCUGGCCUCUUAUUAGGAGCUGUUAGAAUAGCAACAUCAUACCCCAACCGUUGCACAGAUGCCAGUACAUGGAUGCAGCAAAGAAACACUACCAGAACCAGUGAGAUGGUUGUAGAAAAGAAAAAUAUUAAAACAUGUUUUUGAGCUUCAUAAUGAACUCAAAACUUUUUAAAUCAGAAAGCAAGACCGCAGUUCAAAGCUCUUUUUAGUGAUAAAAGUGAACUGCAGAAAAAGCCUACUUCGUUGACAUCUUUACCAUCUUGAAUGAGGUAAAUUUAUCACUGCAAGGACCAAACGCAACAUCCCUCGAUUUGUCACAAAAGAUGCUAUCAUUUAAUUUUUAAUUUCAGCUUUGGCAAAAAAAUUGGAUGACAAUAAAAUGUACAUGUUGCCUGUCUUAUCUGGUUUCAUGACAUUGAACCAGACAAAGUGAUUACUAUGAUAUAUUCUGUAAAGGAACACUUGCACAUGCUUACAGACGAAGUUUCAGGGUAAUUUCGAAAUCUACCUAAUUGCCAGAAGUCCAUUCACAGUCAAAUUUGAAGAUGUUCCAGAGUCAACACAAGAGGAGUUCAUUGAACUUAUUAACAGCGAUGCAGCGAAAGCUGAUUUCUCUACAAUGCCAGUUUCAAAAUUCUAGAUCAAAUUUUUGCUGUCAUACCAUGUUCUGUCUGAGACUGUGUUGUGCUUUCCUCUUCCUUUCCAACAACAUAUCUUUGUGAAACAUGGCUCUCCAGCUUGUUGGUAAUCAAGUCUAAAUGUAGACUUGUUGUGGAAGAUGAUCUUCGUUGUGCUCUUGAAAAUGCUGGUAAGAAAGAAACAAUCUCAACCUUCGCACUGACGUUGGAUUUUUACGUUUACUGUCUCAAAAUGUAGCAAAGUAGUUUACUGUUGUUAUAUUAAGACUGUUACCAAUGCUACACCAUGCUUCAAGACAAAUUUUCAUUUCAGAAAUAAAUAUUUCACAAUAUAUUUUUUGUGUGUGAUUAAUCACUAUGCUUUAAGUAUGUUCAAUUUAUAACAUUGAAAAUACAUCCUGCAUAUCAGAUAUUUACAUUAAGAUUCAGAGCAGAAGCAAAAUUACAGUUAUGAAGUAGCAAAGAAAAUAAUUUUAUGUUUGGGGGUCGCCACAACAUGAGGAUCUGUAUAAAGGGGUCACAGCAUUAGAAAGGUUGAGAACCACUGUCCUAAAAGAACCUGGUUUGCUCUACAAGAAUGUACAGUUAUCUCAUUUUUUUCAAAAUGGGGAUACCGCGUUUUGAAAAUCAACUCUUCAUAUAUGUGUAUGGCAUCUUUCCGUCUUUGUGAGAAGGUGGAGUAGCUAUUGACACUUCAUCAAAUGGCUUUUGAGGCCUGUCCUGGAGUGGCAGUCUCUGCUGCAUUUAUCGCAGGAGAACCUUGACUCCUGGUUAAAUUUGGCCUUCUGCAAUGCUCUUUCGGUUGCAAUUGCUUUGUUUCAACCAUCUUCUGUCUUUUGACUCCUUCAUACACUGCUGUUUGUCAGCUGGAAUGGUGCUCAGUGAUGAUCUCCCAUUCAUCGAUUUCCAUGCUGGCUUCCCUCAUGCUCAUUUUGCAAACAUCCUUAAAUCGCAGCUGCAGCCAUCCAUUAAGUCUUCUGCUAAAUCUCCAUUCAACAUUUCCUUUGGAAUACAGCCUUCCUCCAUUCUCCUUACAUGGCCUAACCAGCAAAGUCGCCUCUUGCCAAGAGCAGAGAAUAUGCUACAAAUUGUUGCAUGUUCCAAGAUCUCUGUGUUAGUCACCUUGUCCUAUGUUGUUCGUCCGUCGAGGAUCGACGAUGACCAUCGAGUCGUCCGGUGACUGAUGACUUGCGCUAGUGACUUUUGUUUAAAGUGAGGAAGAGUUGCGCGGCGUCAACCUCACUCUCUCGUCCGGGCCCACCAUAUCCGGUGGCAAGACUCUACGUUAAGACGACCAGGGAUGGGCACGGUUGCAGGAAUUGUCAUUGUAUGCGCCUUACGGGACUCCAACUCCGGGUUUGAAUUCAGAGUUUCCUUCUCUUAGAUGAGUUGCCGACCAAGGUUAACGAGUCCCAUCCACCCGGGGUGAUCUUUUUGCUUGACCGGCCUUUGGCUGGAAUUGAGGUUUGCUCAGUUUAGACCAUUCGGCCACCCAGUCACCUUGUCCUACCAUUGCAUGCACAUAAUGGGAUGCGGAUAUCUUUGGUGGAAGCUGUUGAAUUUCUGCUCAUGACUGGCGUAUGUGGUCCACACUUUCCUUCCAUAUCGGAGCGAACUAAGCACACAUGCCUGAUUUAGGCUUAGGUUUGUACUUUCAGUUAGUUUAAGAUUUAUCCACACCUGCUUUUGCGAUCCUAAUGUUCACCUCUUUGUCAUUGGAGAGUGAGCAAGAGAUAUUUGAUCCGAGGUAUGUAAAAUGCUCAAGUAUCGGCAGAUUAUAAAUAGUUAUGUUUGGAAUGGAUGGUUUUUCUUCCAUCAUGACAUUUGUUUUCUGUAGACUAAUGGUCAGUCCAAAAUCUUUACAAAUAUAUUUCCAUAUAAAAAGGGGCCCAUCAGAAAAAGGAAUUAUACUAAUUACCGUCCUAAAGGUAUAUGCUAAGUUUUACCAGUACUAAAUGACAGCUUUUAGAAAUUGUUAAUAACUGGCAAAAAUUAUACUUAUUAUAUUUUUAAAACAUGAUGACACUGUACCGUUAACACCCUUUCCUAGAUUAAAAGUUUAUCUUAGAUUGUAAAGUAUAGAAAGUGAAAAGAUAUUGCCCAUGUUUAAUGUUUAGCAAGAACUAAUCUCAAAAUAUAGCAAUGAAAAGUGAGUUUAAUUCUGUAUUGUUCCGAGUAGAGGUCGCACUUCCCCCCAUACUGUAAUUCUUUAAUCUAGGUAUGUUGCACAAAAAGUUUUAAAUAAAAAUUAUACCAGUUUAAAAAAUAAUAUAAAAAAUCAAAAGUAUAGAGCACAGUGAUUAUUCAUUGGUUCCCCCAUUUCCUUCAUUUUAUUAGAUUAAAGGUACCAUUUCAAACCUUUUAAAAAUGUAAAAAGGACAAUUUCAUCAUUGAUUUUUUUUAGAAAUCAUAUUUUCCUUUAUUCUUUAAACCUUUUUUGCUGCGGUUGGGUGAUAUUGAAUUGCUUUGGGGAGUGGUGGACAGUCCCCACCUCUACCGGAGAGAUGCCUUAGCGAAACACUGGUUGUAAACAGUAAAUAUAUAAAAGUACCACCAGGACUAUAUGUGAACUACAGGAAGUAGUGGCACAGCUUAAACUUUAAAAAAUUGGAAGAUGCCUAUUUUUUGGGAAAAAAUAUGCUCUUUAGAAUUGAAUGCUUUAUCUAGAAUUGCCUUAAAUAUUCAUAUCAUCAAAUAUAUGGAUUGUAUAAAUAUUUCAUUGAUUGCAAUAUUUCACUUAUUUUAAUUAAAAGAGUUAUACACAUUUUUCUCUCUGGGGCAGUGCCCCACCCCCCACCCCCAUUCCCCUGAAAGAUGCCUGAAAGAAACACUGAAAUGUUGUGGACAUAAUUAAUUUAAUUAUGCAUGUUUUGUAGGUAUCAUCACAAUAGCUUCUCACAGCAAAAGUAUUUAAAAUACUUAUCAACGAGUUAAUUAAUAAAAAGAUAAAUCUUUAGUUACUUUCAAUGAAAAUUUCUCCAAAGAAAUUUUGUUUGUAAAGGAAACAAGAAUUACGGUAUGAAUGACUUUUAUGAAAUUAAUUAUUUGUUCCCAUAGGGCGUUGUCAUUUUAUAAAGGUAUUUUGCCACCGCUGUUGGCUGAAACACCCAAGAGAGCUGUCAAAUUCUUCACAUUUGAGCGCUACAAAACCUUGUUUACCCAGGGUGACUACUUGUCUCAGCCUAUUGUAAGAUAAUAUCAUCACUGUUUUGUCACUGUAAGGAUGGUAUCAUUUUCAGUGGUUUAUCAAAUUGCAAAAUACAUGUCAGCUUGGAGAAUGUCAAUUAAAUUUUUUUAGAUCUUUAAAAGUCUAUUGAUAUAAAAAAUAAUUUGUGUUUAAAUUAAACACUUGUGGUAAAAAAUAUCUGAAAACAGAACAAAAUAUUUUAACAUCAAUAUAUAUUUUAAACUAGCUCUCCUUUCUAAAGAACAUUAUAAGACCAUUAUUUAAAAAUAUAAAUUCAAAACUAUUCCUUUGACAAGACAGAACACUGGUGAGUUUAGUCAAGUGUCUUGGUGCAAUGGCAGCAAUGCUUAUGUCAAUAUUACUAUAGUCUUUAUAAUAUUAAAUGUAUACAAUUUGUACUGAUACAUACCAGCGUCAGCAAGUAGGCCUUGUUAGCUAUGUAGAACAAUAUACCACAAAUUUAAUUUGUACAAGUGAUCAGAUUGAUAAGUUUAUCUACAUAUGCUUUAUUGUCAUUGGAAAGGUUUUGGCUCUUGCUGGCCUGGCAGCUGGUUUAACUGAAGCAGUGGUCAUAAACCCAUUUGAAGUGGUCAAGGUCAAAUUGCAAGCAGAGAGGAGCAAGUUCACUGAGGUGAUUUUACCUAAAUACUUCAUUCAGUUCCCUCAAAAGUUUUACAAGCUAUGUUAUAAUUGUAAAGAAAACACAGGAAAUUAAUAAAUGCAGAAGGUGUUGGCAAAUUUUAAAAUAAACAGUUUGAAGGUAUUUUUAGAUAUUGCAAUAAAUUAUAAUAUUUUUCUGAAUAAUUUUACAACGGCUUCAUCGGCUGAACAUCGCCAUAUGUGUUACAUAUCUGUAACUGGAACAUCACCUUAUAUAUUACAUAUCUGUUACUGGAACAUCACCAUAUAUGUUACAUAUCUGUUACUGGAACAUCACCAUAUAUGUUACCUAUAUCUGUUACUGGAACAUCACCAUAUGUUACCUAUAUCUGUUACUGGAACAUCACCUUAUAUAUUACAUAUCUGUUACUGGAACAUCACCAUAUGUUACCUAUAUCUGUUACUGGAGCAUCACCAUAUAUGUUACAUAUCUGUUACUGGAACAUCACCAUAUAUGUUACAUAUAUCUGUUACUGGAACAUCGCCAUAAAUGUUACAUAUAUCUGUUACUGGAACAUCACCGUAUAUGUUACAUAUCUGUUACUGAAACAUCACUGUUUCCAAUUUUGAUUUUUGUCUAUUCCAGCAAUCUGGAACUAUUAAAACAGCCAGAGAAAUAGUAGCUAAAGAUGGCUUUGGGCUGAAAGGUUUAAAUAAAGGACUCACUGCUACACUUGGUCGACAUGGGGUCUUCAACAUGGUGUACUUUGGCUUCUACCACAAUGUCAAAGGACUUAUACCAGAGUACAAGGUCAGAUGGGAUACAUUGGCAUAGACCAAACAAUAGAAUAAUGUAUAAAUAACUUUACAAUGUUUAUUUUUUAUACAGUAUCAAGAUCAGAGGGUGCAUUGUGCUAAAAUAUUUUGUUUGGAUCUGUUUUAGGAUCCAACCAAAGACUUUUUCAGAAGAUUCCUCAUUGGUCUGGUGGCUGGAACUCUCUCCUCUAUUGUGAAUAUACCAUUUGAUGUGGUCAAGAGUAGAAUUCAAGGACCCCAACCAGUACCUGGGUCCAUUAAGUAUAAGAGCUGCUUCCAGACCAUGUCUCUAGUCUAUAGAGAGGAGGGGUAACAUUUUUUCACUAUUUAUAAGAAUUUCUAAGCAAUGUUUUGAACAGUAGCUGAUUCAGUAAUAUAGAAAUAAAGGGUCAACAUGUUUUGAACAGUAGCUGAUUCAGUAAUAUAGAAAUAAAGGGUCAACAUGUUUUGAACAGUAGCUGAUUCAGUAAUAUAGAAAUAAAGGGUCAACAUGUAUUGAACAGUAGCUGAUUCAGUAAUAUAGAAAUAAAGGGUCAACAUGUUUUGAACAGUAGCUGAUUCAGUAAUAUAGAAAUAAAGGGUCAACAUGUUUUGAACAGUAGCUAAUUCAGUAAUAUAGAAAUAAAGGAUCAACAUGUUUUUAAAAUAUUUACUCAAAUACUUCCAAAAAUCUUGGGGUGGAACCAUUACAAUUUUUCUGUCCUUCAUACUCAAUCAUAAUUAAGUUAAUAGAAAGCCUUUAUCAUCUUAUUUUUUCAGGUUUUUUGCGUUGUAUAAAGGAUUGUUGCCAAAAGUACUUCGUCUGGGUCCAGGUAGGAUGUUGUUUUUAUAUUGAAACUUAUGAAAGUUCGUUAAAAAAAAUUAACAAUGUAGCUGUUUUGUUGUUUGCUGUUUUGAUGAUUGCUGUGAUGCAUGUUAAAACUUUGAAACCUUUAAGCAGCCACAAGUCACUCAAAUCUUUGUAACAGCUUAUCUUGUGAUCUGCUCAUGAGGCUUACAAUAAUUAGUAUGAUUCAAACUCCUUCUGUCACUCAAUUUUUCUCUUUUGAUCGGCUACUUCCAGUACUCCAUGUUUAUUUCACUCAAAAUGUUUUUGUCUGUCACACUGUUUUUGUCUGUCACACUGUUUUUGCCUUCCUUGUUAAGAUAACCCAUGGUGAAAUGUCUCAGGUUGUUACACUAUGAGCCUGGAUGUCACAGAGUAACAUCAGAUUUGAUAUUAGCUAUAAGUAGAUCACAAUACCUACUAUGAGCUUGGAUGUCACUGAGUAACAUCAGAUUUGAUAUUAGCUAUAAGUAGAUCACAAUACCUACUAUGAGCUUGGAUGUCACUGAGUAACAUCAGAUUUGAUAUUAGCUAUAAGUAGAUCACAAUACCUACUAUGAGCUUGGAUGUCACUGAGUAACAUCAGAUUUGAUAUUAGCUAUAAGUAGAUCACAGUACCUUGAAGUUGGAACAAAUCACAAAAAACGAAAGUAUUGUGACUGCCAACAAUUUAAAUUGUAAACCUUAUGCUAUUCAUAUUGCAUGCUAAAUUAUUUUAACAUGUGAUUUAUCAAAUGUGAUUUGUAUCCUUUCUUACCAGGUGGUGCUAUCAUGCUUAUUGUUUAUGAGUAUGUAUUUGAGUUCCUUCAGAAGUCCAUGUAAAAAACCUGGGAUUAAAACAACUCAGAGACCAUUGUUGCAAUAAACAGAUUCCAGUAUUGUUAUAUUUUUGUAACUGCCAUUUACACCACUAUUUGCCUUUAUUUUGAUAUUUUACUGGGAAAAUAAUAUUUUUAACAAAUACCUUAUUUUUAAAUAUUUGUUGUUAUAGUAUCUGAAUAAUAUAUAUUUAUACAUACUUGUUCAUAUUUGAAUACAUGAUCUACAAAAUCAUCCUGGCCAAAAACUUAAAGGAGAUCCCUAGACUAAAGUAAUCAUUAACAAGUGUAGUUCAAUGCAUCACUUAAUAUCUAAAAAUUGUAAGAAAACGUUGCAAACCUCUUGCGAAUUUAGGACUUUUAUUUGGUAGUUUAAGAGGGAUACGUGUCUUACUAAUAUAGUUAAUUUAUCAAGAAGCCUUUGCACAAUUUCCAUAAAUAGCAUAAUAAUAUAGAUCUAUAAAGAUUGUGUUACCUGUGUUGUUAAUGUUACAUUAUUCAAUCUGUCAUAGUAGUCUCUCAGAGCCGGUGCUCUAUGUAGGCUUUGAAAACAUGUGCUGCUGAUAAACAUGUCUCAUCCAAUACAGCAGUGGUUCGGCGUUCAACCUGAUUAAUCAAAUUAGCUGUACAAGUUAAACCAGAUCCCGAAUGUAUUGGUUGAGCUAGUUAAUGAACAAAAAUAAAGUUGCAUCACAUGAACCUUGAUCUUUUUGAAACAAAAAUGCCUUGUUUCAGAAACUACGUUUAUGUAAAUUUCAAUACUACUUUCAGAGAAACUGACAGGUUACAGUGUUUUUUUUUUCAUGCUUUAAUUCAUGUGGGUUUCAAUGAUAAACAACGAAAAAGGUUGAUAAAAAAAUCUGUUGAAUAAUGUGUUCUUGAAGUGCCUACUGUAUUGGUUCACACAAAUGAAUGUGAAGAGAAUCAUUUGGUGAGUAGAAUUUUUGUUAAUGUUAUCUGUUUCAAUCCAACUGGUGUGAUGUGUUCUGUUCAGUACACAUUGUAUCUAAAUAUGAAUCUGUGUUGUGUUAUUUCAGGGUUUAAGUUAUAAAUUCCUUGCAUUCAAAAGCAGUUUUUGUAGCUUACAAAUUAAACCAUAUUCAUUUCAUUUGGUAUCUCAUUAAAGUGCCAAAUGGUUUCUAUUGCUCAAUGUUUUACUGCAUAAAAUAUUUAUCUGCAUAUUUCUUUACUAAUUUUCCCAUAGGCAGCUUCAGUAGGUCAACAAAUUGUUCUAUUUAUAAUAAAAUUUAUAAAUUAUAUUGCUUUUUCAAAAUACUAUUUUUAAAAUAUUAUUUAUUUUCUUUAAAAAAUUAUAAAGAUGUUGAGUCUAGAAAUUUCAGUGUAUUCAUAAUUUAGAUGUGGAAUGGAUGGAGGCGCCGCCCCGCCCCCUUACACCCCCCGCCCUCGUUCACUAAGUCUUAUACUUUUGUAAAAUAAUAUUAAAUCAACCACUGUCGUGUCCAAAUGAAUUUUUUUUUUUCUCCCAAAAACAUGUUCAUGUGGCCUUAUUCAUUCUUCUUGUUAACAAAUUAUGAGUGUAAAUAAAACGAUCUAUGUUAAGCUUUAAUAAUGAUUAUACAAAAGAUACAUUUUUUAAUACUAACUUUUUGAAAUUAGAAAUGAAAAAAAUAUGAUUUUCAUCAUUAAAUAACAAUUGUUAACACAAUGAUAUAAUUUUCAUCAUUGGGUUAUAAAAUAAAGGUGUAGAGAUAAAAUAAUUAAGUACCGGUAUCUAUUAAGGGUGCAUAAUUCACUUUGUACUUUGUGUAAAAGGUGUUCACUACUUGGCUGUUGAUUUGUGGAUUGGUAAACACUCUAAGGUGUGGAGUAGUCUGCAAUAAUUGGGGCUAAAUGAUCGGUCAUAUGUUUAAGGUUAAUUUUACAAGAAUUAAACUGCAAUUGGUGUGAAGAAUUUUCUGGUUUGUUUUACACAUUUUUGUCCUGUAUAAGGAAAUUGACAAGAUCAGAUCUGACCACACAAACAGUAAUAUCGCUGAAGAGGGUCCUCUGUUGUAAAGUUAUAUGUGCAUAAAGUAACUAGGCACUGUAUGGUUCCUAAAGAUUAUAAGUGUUGCUGAUUGAGAACUAGUGUUUUGAGACUUGAUUUUAUUGAACUUAUACUUAUAUAAACAUUCUGUUGAGGUGGAAAUGCUAUGAAUUGGUUGUUGGAUAAAACUGGUGAAUAAAACUGGUAUUUUUAAGUG